CACUAGUUUUAUUCAUCAAGACUGGAAUAAUUCGGAUUUAAAAUAAUUUCUAAAAAUGAAUCUUAAACAUAUUAUUCUAAUCAUUAUCAGUUGUGGUUGGUGUACGCUAUGUACAACUGCAUCUACAGAUUUCUUUUCACAAGCUUUCUUCACAAAACUGGACAACUUUAACCAGCAGGAUUUUGAAAGUUCCCUGUACCAGACAGCAGACCUGUUCUCCAAAUCUGAUGCAGAAAUAUUUCGUCAGCUAGAAAAUGAGGUUCAGCAGUUUGAAGGAGAAUUCUUUGGGGCUGAUUUUGGAGCAGCUUUCCCAGAUUCUACUCAACACUCAGCUGCUUUUCCUGAUGCUUCAUACCACGGAGAAGCUACUUUUUCUGAUGCCUCGCACCAUGGAGAAGCUGGUUCAGAAAUUGAUCCUGAUGCUGAAACUGUGAUCUUUGAACCAAAGUUUGUCCCGGCAGGAAUGCAGGGGUUGGGAAACGGCCAUUAUGGAAAUCCACAAAUUCAGCCAACUGCUGAAGCUACGCCAGUUUUAAGCCAGAAAGAACAGUUUGAUCAGAUUUACAAUGCUCAAGCAAAGACACGUUCCAAUUCUCCGAGAGCAUCAACAAGAACCUCAACUACUACUCCACCAACUACUACUCCUGCAGCUACUACCCCAAGUAGUUCAACUCUAUCCACCACUACUGAAGUUUCAAGAGUCCCAAAGAUUUUCACAGAUAAUCCCAAAGUUCUUGAUCCGUUUACAGACUCAUACACAGAGAUUGGAGGAACCCCUGGCCCCUCAACAAGGAGACCACGCUUCAAAAUCAAACUCAAAUUUCCGAAAAAGGAUGAAACAAACAGCAGGGACAAGAAAGAUGUAGAUGAUGGAGAGAUCAACAAACUGGAUUUCUCUGCAGCUGCUCCGACCGAUCUCCAGGCUGCUGUAGCAGCAAGCUCAAACAGCAUCCCUGAUAUUAAUCCUAAGUUCAGGUUCACGGAUCUACUGGAACCGGAGCAGAUUAAUCCUGGACCUGGAGAUAGUUCAACUACUCGUCCCAACCAGUUCAACUUCUUCCUAGCAGUUCCAGAUUCAGAAUAAUUGUACAGAAAAUCAUCCACAGUUGAGAUGAAUCAAACCUUUCUUAUAUUACCAUGUUCUUCGUGUCACUGUAUCACAUUAGUCUGUUAAGGUUGAGUGUAAUUUCAAGUGAGUCUACAUGUAAAUAGUCCUAUUCACAACAGUACUCUUUAGAACUUUGUCUGAUCA